AUGGCUGCCGAUGAUGUAAUGACCGAUGUCACCCACGCAAUGGGUGGUAUGAACAUUCCUGGUGGUCACCGGUUGGCAGUUCCAGAUCCAGCUCAACGGAGACCACUGGACGCCCUCGCAGAAGCAGGGCCACCGGCUCCUCCAAUACCUUUUGGCAGACCCAAAUUUGAACGUGGACAACGAGCGGAUGUGGUCUGCUAUACGGAAGAAACCCGAAGUCAUACGGUUGCCAAAAAUGUUUUGUUUCGAGACUUUUCACGGGAGUUUGGUGAACCAGAUGGAGGUUUGGGCCGUGUCAUACAAGCUUAUUGGCCCGUUCCGUUCAAGGAUCGAAUAACAACCAUCAUGGGUCAUGUGGAAAUAUGUUUAGUGCUGACGAAAUGUGCGUCAGAUCAAUCCAGUGGUGAUGACUCUUCCAGCGAUAGCUCGUAUGAGGAAGAAGAAAUUGUCUUUCAAAGGACGAAUCGCCUUGUGGCAGUCAAGGUGAACUAUUCAGAAACAAUGGAACGAUUGCGAAACAAGCACGCUGAAGAUCCUCUUAAAGAAAUUGCAGCCAUGCAAGUGAUAGGAAAUGAUCACCCCAAUGUUAUGGGUGCAAUUGAAGUUUUGUUUGAUGGUGAGAAUCUGAAUGUGGUUAUGCCCUACGCAGGAUCUGGUGACCUUUUCCAGUUGCUACAAGAAUCGCAACAAAAUUGUGUCGGUUUUCCAGAGCCAACCGCCCGAUUCUGGUUCAAACAAAUCAUGGCUGGUAUCAAACAUCUACAUGAUAGAGGAAUCUGUCACAGAGACAUUUCACCAGAAAAUGUAAUGAUUGACGAUGGUCAAUGCUUGAUUAUUGAUAUGGGAAUGGCGCUUAGAAUUCCAUACACAGACCCAAAUAUUGCCAACAGUGUUACAGAUAUCACGAGGGGGACGCAUCGGAGAUUGAUCCGACCACAGGGUGCAUGCGGCAAGCUGCCCUACAUGUCACCGGAGGUUUUUCGCAAUCGAACUGCUUUUGAUGGCUGUGCCGUGGAUAUAUGGACUGCAGGAACGAUCCUUUUUUGUAUGGCCACCGGUAACCGAUCAUAUCAACAGCCACACGAUUCCGAUCCACAAUUCUAUUGGAUGACCCAUGACGUUGGCAGAUUGAUGUCAGACUGGGGUGUCACUGUUUCGAAAGAGUGCUUACAUCUACUGGAGAACAUGUUGCAGGUCGAUCCACGAACUCGACUGACGAUGGAGGAAGUAAUGAAUCAUCCCUGGUUCAAUGGACCAGCGUCGCCUCCUGUCAUGUAA